AGUUUCCAUUGCAGUAAAACUACCAUAUCCGCCCGAGUCGGUUGCGAGCACAGUAGUUGCGCGAAUCUCAAUAAACCAAAGAACAAAAAUCAAAAAAAGCAAAAAAAAAAAAUAAAGAAAUCAGCGAAAUUUAAACUCAAUUCAAUCUUGACGUUAAAACAAUAAUGGAGCAAUUAAAGUCGAAAUUGGCGGUGGUGACCGGCGCCAGUUCGGGCAUUGGCGCCGCCAUUGUGCGCGAUCUAAUUGCUGCCGGCUUAAUUGUUAUCGGUUUGGCGCGACGUUUCGAGCGCGUCGAGGCGUUGCGUCAAGAGCUCCCCGCCGCCGAGCAGCGCGCCCGCCUUCACGCCAUUAAAUGCAACAUUGCCGAUGCACAGGAUGUGGCAGCAACAUUUAUGCGCAUCAUUCGUGACCAUGGACCGGUGUAUGUGUUGGUCAACAAUGCCGGUUGCUUACGUACUGGGCAAUUGGCUACCAUGCCGGAGGAUGAUGUGCAAGAGAUGCUGCAAACGAAUGUAAUGGGCGUGGUCAAUUGUACGCGACAUGUGUUUGCUGCUAUGCGGGCGCAUCGCAUCGAUGGUCAUGUGAUACUGAUAAAUAGCAUUUGCGGACACAAGGUGCCGGUGGUACCGGGCCACAUGCCGACCUUGAACAUUUACCCAGCCACCAAGUUCGCAUUGACUGCGAUUAACGAGAUUUAUCGUCAAGAGUUCAAAGAGUUGGGCACGCGUGUUAAGGUGACGAGCAUUAGUCCAGGCCUCGUGGAUACAGAGCUAAUAUCAGAGCGCCAGAAAAAGAUGGUAGAUGGAAAGAUUCUCCGCCCAGAAGAUGUUUCAGGCGCCGUAAUUUAUGUACUCUCACAGCCCCCAAAUGUGCAAAUCUACGAGCUUAUAAUGAAACCAUUGUGUGAUAUGAUUUGAUGAGGGAAAACAAACUUUUUGCUCUAAA